UUAAACGUUAUCCACUUCAGUUUCAGCUCUCUCCAGCACCUCACAAAUAUCAAGCCAAAAAUUUCCAAAGAACAAAAAAAAAAAAAAAAGGCACUCCCUGCAAGGUCCAUAUCUUUAACAUCUAUCAUCGAUCCUUGCGAGACUUUCAAGGGAAGAGCUAAAGAUGGCCUUGGAAAACUGUUUUCAAUUGAGCUCAGUUUGCACCACUAGAACUUGUGUGAUGCAAAGCUACCGCCAUCAAAUUUCAUCUGUUGAGAAGAUUCAUUUGCCGACAUUUCGAGGGUUCAACAAACCCAAUCUGUCAUUCUCUUCAUCUUUUGUUCAUUCAUUCAAAGGCAGAUGCCAAAAAUCCAGGCUCAUCUGCAAAGCUAGUGAAGCUGUUGAUCAGGUUGAAGCGGUGACAGAAGCAAGCUGGGGAGAGCUUGUGCUGGGGAGUGAGACCCCAGUAUUGGUGGAGUUUUGGGCACCAUGGUGCGGACCUUGCCGCAUGAUUGAGCCAGUGAUCGCAGACUUAGCAAAAGAAUAUGCAGGAAAGAUAGCUUGUUACAAGCUCAAUACUGAUGAAAGCCCCAACAUCGCCACGGAGUUCGGGAUAAGGAGCAUCCCGACCAUGCUGUUUUUCAAGAAUGGGGAGAAGAAAGAGAGCAUCAUCGGUGCUGUGCCAAAGUCCACCUUGGCCGCUAGCAUCGACAAAUAUGUUGAUAGCUGAAAACAAAUCAAAAGAUUGGUGUACGUGGAAUCGAAUGUAAGAGCUACGUACAUGGUCUAUUCAUGACAUACCAGUUUUUAUAUAUCAUUCAUUCAAAUUGCCCAAUCCAUCUAUCAACAUUUUUCCUUGUUUAAUUAUCUCGUGAAUACUAGUGACAAAAAAUCCUUUCUCUUUCUAAUCUACAAUGCUCUUUAAUUAA